CCGCUGAGUGUUCGUUCGGGACUUUCGUUCGAAUUUCAGUGUCGAAUGUAGAUCUGUAAAGUUCUGUGGAAAGCAUAGUGUUUGGGCUCCGAGAUAUUCCUGCCCCUGCCGGCAACGCACCGAAGGUGAGACAUGGCGGACAGCGAACCCCAACAGAAGAAACAUGUUGCGAGACAAUCCGGUCGCAAAGCUGAAAAGAAAAAAGCCAAGACAGGCAAACAUGGGAAGUCGAGCAACCCGAAGGCUUUCGCCUUCCAAUCGGCCGUCAAAGCGGAGAAAAUGUUCCGGCGGAAGAAAGAUCUUCAAGAGAAACGUCAUCACGUGCCCAUGGUCGACAGAACACCGGUCGAACCUCCACCGUUCGUCAUUUCGAUCAUGGGACCCCCUAAGGUCGGCAAGAGCACCUUGAUGAAAGGUCUCAUACGGAAUUACACUCGUCAGAUCGUCCACAACAUCAACGGUCCCGUUACCGUCGUGUCUGGAAAGAAACGGCGUCUGACGCUAAUGGAAUGCAACAACGAUAUAAACUCGAUGAUAGACACGGCUAAGGUUGCGGACCUAGUUCUUCUCCUAGUCGACGCAUCUUACGGAUUCGAGAUGGAAACCUUCGAGUUCCUCAACAUAUGCCAACACCACGGUUUCCCGCGAAUCAUGGGAGUCCUGACGCAUCUGGACCAAUUCAAAAACCAUAAAACACUGCGGAACACAAAGAAACAAAUGAAGCAUAGGUUCUGGACCGAGAUCUAUCAGGGCGCAAAAGUAUUCUACCUCUCAGGCUUGGUUCGUGGCGAUUACCUUAAGCACGAGGUGCACAACCUGGGUCGCUUCAUUUCCACCAUGAAAUUCCGACCACUCGACUGGAGAACCAGUCAUCCGUACGUGCUCGUAGAUCGCAUCGAAGAUGUGACGAAUCAGGAGCUUGUCCGGCAGAAUCCGAAAACCGAUCGAACGGUGUGCGUCUAUGGAUAUUGCCGGGGGGCUCAUCUGAAACAAAACCACUUGAUCCAUAUACCAGGUUGUGGGGAUUAUACAGCCCAUGAUGUCUCUUUCUUGCCGGACCCUUGUCCUCUGCCUGAGAAACUCAAGAAGCGAUCAUUGGACGAUAAAGAGAAACUGAUUUAUGCGCCGAUGUCGGGGGUUGGGGGCGUUGUCUUCGACAAGGACGCGGUGUACAUCGAUCUCAAGGGGAGCCAUUCACACCAGCGAGAAGACGCUGGCGAAGAGGACGAACUUUUGGGAGGGCUCUUGCAGAUCAAGGUGCCUCUCGACGAGAAAAUCAACAAAACGGAUUUUACUCUGCUUUCCGGAACUCGACCGUUCGACGAGGAUCAGACCGAAGAGUGAGACGAUGACGACGAUGACGUGGACAGCGAAGACGGAGACGAGGAUGAGGACAAUGAUGAAUCUGGGGAUGAAUGCUCAGAAAGCGAGGACGAAUUGCUCGAUGGGAAAGCCGUCAUCCCGACGGAAGAAAUUGAGAUGGCCGAACCUGAGGACGACGACUCCGAAUCCGAAGACGAGGAUGGAGGGCCUCUGAGCGCUAGAGAUGCCAUGAUGAAGAGACUUGCGGAUGGUUACGCGGCGCACAAAAAACUCGGAAAUUGGCAGUUUCUCGUCUACGGCGAUGUCAACGCGGUCGAAGCCGAGCCAGAAGCGGAGCACGAUGAGAACGAAGAGAUUCUCGGUGGGCUGUUCAUCAAAGCCAAGAAAUCCGAACGGAAGGCUCAAGUGAAGAAAGACCUGAACGCCCCAGAGAACACGCGGUUCCAUGCCACGAACGAGGAGCUUGAUUUCGACGAGAUGUGUGAGGCGAUCCGAGAUUGUUUCGUCACCGGCAAGUGGGGCAAGGACGAAGACGCAGAACAGCUUCUGGCUCGUAACAAAGAAGACAACGAUGACGAAAUUUUCGGGGACUUUGAAGAUCUCGAAAAAGAGCUGAAGGAAGAAGAGCAGGCCGGAAAAGAGCAAGAAGAUGCAGAAGAGCACAAACCACAGAAGAAAGCCACCACCCGAGAAGAGAGGAUAAAACAAAUCGAAGAAAAAAGAAUCGAGAAGAAAAAACGUUUGAAAGCGAUGUUCGAUCAGGACUACGAUGAAAAAGGCGAAGAGAAGACAUUAUACGACGAGAUGAAGGAGGAAAUGAAUCAGCAAUCUCAGCUCAACAAAAGCGAGUUCGCUGAUUUGGACGAUGAACGACGAGUGCUCUACGAGGGCUUCAGACCGGGCUUAUAUGUCCGUGUGGAGCUCCGGAAAAUGCCUUGCGAGUUCAUACAGAAUUUCGAUGCCUCGUACCCUGUGAUACUCGGAGGUCUGAAUACCGCAGAGAACCGGAUGGGAUACGUCCAGGUCCGCAUGAAGAAACAUCGAUGGUUUAAGAAACUGCUGAAAAGCGCCGAUCCGAUGAUCAUGUCGCUCGGUUGGAGGAGAUUCCAGACGACUCCGUUAUUCUUCACGGUCGACCACAAUAUGCGACAGAGAUUCCUCAAAUAUACCCCGAUGCACAUGCACUGUAAUGCUGCGUUCUGGGGACCGAUCACUCCUCAGAAUUCGGGUUUCAUCGCGAUCCAGAGUUCCGUUCAGGAGAAAUCAGAUUUCAGAAUAUGCGCGGCUGGAGUCGUGAUCGAGAUCGAUAAGACGACUCAGAUAGUGAAGAAACUAAAACUCACCGGCACGCCCACGCAAGUGAAAAACAAAACCGCUUUCAUAGAGGGAAUGUUCAACAGUGUCCUCGAAGUUACGAAGUUCGAAGGUGGAGCUCUGCGGACGGUCUCCGGGAUCCGGGGGCAGAUCAAGAAACCGAUCAAGACUCCCGCGGGGGCGUUCCGCGCUGCGUUCGAGGAUAAGAUUCUUAAGUCGGACAUAGUGUUCCUCAGAACGUGGUACACCGUACCGGUGCCGAAGUUCUGCGUCAAUGUGACGACACUCCUCUUGCCAAUUGAUCAGAAGGACCAGUGGAAAGGAAUGAAGACCGUCGGUCAAUUGCGAGCAGAACGAGGCCUCAAAGCACCGAUGAAUCAGGAUUCGCUCUACACCGGUGCUGAACGGCGAGAAUAUUUCCAUAAGCCUGUGCGGGUUCCGAAGAGUCUCCAAGCCGCUCUUCCCUACAAGGAGAAACCGAAGACGGAAACGAUGGUGGAAGGCGGGAACGCGCUCCAGAGAGUCGCUAUAAUACCGGACGAGAAAGAACAGCAAGUCGGGAAAGUUUUCAACAUGAUAAAGACUGUCCACCAGGAAAAGCAGCUGAAGUUGCGGAAGGAGAUGGAGGAUAGGGUGAGACAGCAUAAGCGGACCAUGGAAGCUCAAGAGCUCAAACGACUUGUAAAGCAGAGACAGGUCAAAAGACACAUAUGUAAAGUACUCCAACAGAACGAAGCUAAACGCAUGAAAAUGCAGCAAAGGGGAACUAGCGGUAAACGGAAGCUAGAAUAA